CCUACAGAAGAAAAGGAAGGAGAAGAAGAGGCAGAACAUGAAACGUGGAAACGACGUCGCCAUGGUAACAUACACAACCGUGUAAAGAUAACUAGCAUAACCGUUUUGGAAACAAAAGAUUCGUUUUUGUAAGCUAUGGAGGGGUCAGAUACAUACCUCAUACGACCGAAUCAUCAGCACAGAUUUAAGCCAGCUAUUGUGAAGGACUGCAUUCAUGAAAUCCUUCGGGAGCAACUGUCAGGGCAGCACUAUGACCCAGCAGAUCUACCAGAUCUAUCCCGCACACUGGCAGACUGCAUUAAGGACAAAGUGAAAGAUGUGGGGUUUGACAGAUAUAAGCUUGUGGUGCAAGUUGUCAUUGGAGAACAACGUGGAGAAGGAGUCAAGAUGUGUUCCAGGUGUUUCUGGGAUGCAGACACAGACAGCUAUGCUGGGGAUGUUUUCGUGAAUGACAGUUUGUUCUGUGUGGCCGCUGUUUUUGGAUGCUACUACUACUGAGGACUGUCAGUGUUGUCCAACAUCCACAGUCUUCCACAGUGACCAGCCAGAGCUCCAGUGCUCAUCCACAGUGCACUGUUCCAAAGUUGACUGUAUGUUAAUUUGAAAUGCAUGAUAAGACUGCAUCAUGUAAAUUCUUACUAUAACAGUAUGUACGUUGCUACGGCACAUACUUAUUGUACAUAAAAUUGUUGGAAUAAGCUUUGUUAUGAUUGGAGAGUAUGUUUGAAAUAUGUUUG